AUGAUAAGGAAGGAGAUGAUAAGGGCGGAGAUGACAAGGGCUCAGGGCGGAGAUGACAAGGGCUCAGGUGGAAGUGCCGCCGCUGCUGCUGUAGCCUCUAGUUCAGGCGGAGAUAAUAAGGGCGGAAAUGACAAGGGCGCAGGCGGAAGUGCCGCCGCUGCUGCUGUUGCCUCUAGUUCAGGUGGAGAUGAUAAGGAAGGAGAUGAUAAGGAAGGAGAUGAUAAGGGCGGAGAUGACAAGGGCUCAGGUGGAAGUGUCGCCGCUGCUGCUGUAGCCUCUAGUUCAGGUGGAGCUGAUAAGGAAGGAGAUGAUAAGGGCGGAGAUGACACGGGCUCAGGUGGAAGUGCCGCCGCUGCGGCUGCAGUAUCUAGUUCAGGUGGAGACGAUAAGGGCGGAGAUGACAAGGGCUCAGGUGGUAGUGCCGCCGUUGCUGCUGUAGCCUCUAGUUCAGGCGGAGAUAAUAAGGGCGUAGAUGACAAGGGUGGAAAUGACAAGGGCUCAGGUGGAAGUACCGCCGCUGCUGCUGUAGCCUCUAGUUCAGGUGGAGAUGAUAAGAGCGGAGAUGAUAAGGGCGGAGAUGACAAGGGCUCAGGUGGAAGUGCCGCCGCUGCGGCUGCAGCAUCUAGUUCAGGUGGAGAUGAUAAGGGCGGAGAUGAUAAGGGCGGAGAUGACAAGGACUCAAGUGGAAGUGCCGCCGCUGCGGCUGCAGUAUCUAGUUCAGGUGGAGACGACAAGGGCUCAGGUGGAAGUGCCGCCGCUGCCAGUGCGGCCUCUAGUUCAGGCGGAGACGAUAAGGGAAAAGGGUCAGGUGGCAGCGCACCCGUUACCACCGUUACCACUGUGGCCUCGACUAGUAGUUCUAGCGGAGACGAUAAGGGUACAGGAUCCGUGGAUAGUGCUGUUGCUGUAGCUAGUGCGGCCUCUAGUUCAGGUGGAGACGACAAGGGUUCAGGUGGAAGUGCAGCCGCUGCCAGUGCGGCCUCUAGUUCAAGCGGAGACGAUAAGGGAAAAGGGUCAGAUGGCAGCGCAGCCGUUACCACCGUUACCACUGUAGCCUCGACUAGUACUUCUAGCGGAGACGAUAAGGGUAAAGGAUCCGAUGAUAGUGCUGUUGCUGUAGCUAGUGCGGCCUCUAGUUCAGGUGGAGACGACAAGGGUUCAGGUGGAAGUGCAGCCGCUGCGAGUGCGGCCUCUAGUUCAGGCGGAGACGAUAAGGGAAAAGAAUCAGAUGGCAGCGCAGCCGUUACCACCGUUACCACUGUGGCCUCGACUAGUACUUCUAGCGGAGACGAUAAGGGUACAGGAUCCGAUGAUAGUGCUGUUGCUGUAGCUAGUGCGACCUCUAGUUCAGGUGGAGACGACAAGGGCUCAGGUGGAAGUGCAGCCGCUGCCAGUGCCGCCUCUAGUUCAGGCGGAGAUGAUAAGGGAAAAGGGUCAGAUGGCAGCGCAGCCGUUACCACCGUUACCACUGUAGCCUCGACUAGUACUUCUAGCGAAGACGAUAAGAGUAAAGGAUCCGAUGAUAGUGCUGUUGCUGUAGCUAGUGCGGCCUCUAGUUCAGGUGGAGACGACAAGGGCUCAGGUGGAAGUGCAGCCGCUGCCAGUGCGGCCUCUAGUUCAGGCGGAGACGAUAAGGGAAAAGGGUCAGAUGGCAGCGCAGCCGUUACCACCGUUACCACUGUGGCCUCGACUAGUACUUCUAGCGGAGACGAUAAGGGUAAAGGAUCCGAUGAUAGUGCUGUUGCUGUAGCUAGUGCGGCCUCUAGUUCAGGUGGAGACGACAAGGGCUCAGGUGGAAGUGCAGCCGCUGCCAGUGCGGCCUCUAGUUCAGGCGGAGACGAUAAGGGAAUAGGGUCAGGUGGCAGCGCAGCCGCUACCACCGUUACCACUGUGGCCUCGACGAGUACUUCUAGCGGAGAUGAUAAGGGUAAAGGAUCCGAUGAUAGUGCUGUUGCUGUAGCUAGUGCGGCCUCUAGUUCAGGUGGAGACGACAAGGGCUCAGGUGGAAGUGCAGCCGCUGGCAGUGCGGCCUCUAGUUCAGGCGGAGACGAUAAGGGAAAAGGGUCAGAGGGCAGCGCAGCCGUUACCACCGUUACCACUGUGACCUCUAGUGCAAGCGGAGACGAUAAUGGAAAAGGAUCAGAUGACAGUGUAGCCACUGCCAGUGCGGCCGCUAGUUCAAAUGGAGGUGGCAAAGGAGAAGGAUCGGGAGGCAGUGCAGCCGCUGCCAGUUCAAGCUCUACCGCAAUCGGAAAAAGAUCUGGUGCAUCAUUUGAGUUAUGUCCGAAAAAGUAA